AAAGAAGGUAAAACCCUUUGUCAAUACCCUUGUGCUGAAAUAAGCUUUUCUCUCUCUUCUAGAUUUGUUCUUUGAGAUUUGGCGUUGUGUAAAUCUGGAGCCAUCCUUUAUUUGGGGGUAGGUAACAGAGAGAGAGAUGAGAGGAGAUUAUAUACGCCUCUCUUUCUUUCUUCUUCCCUUAGCUUUUGAUCUUUAAUAGAAUUUUAAAUCCAGACUAAAAGCAUGGCGGAUACAAUGUCUGCUCAUAUGGAUCGACAUAAUAAGCCAGAUCAUGAAUGCUCAGAGGAUGACAAGAAAACAAAGCUUUGUUCGUUUAAGAAGAAAGCAAUCAAUGCCUCGAACAAAUUCAAACACUCUUUCACCAAGAAAACUCGAAGGAACAGCAGAGUGAUGUCCGUCUCAAUAGUUGACGAUAUUGAUGUGGAAGAGCUUCAAGCUGUUGACGCUUUCCGUCAAGCUCUCAUCUUAGACGAGCUUCUUCCUUCAAGACACGAUGAUCAUCACAUGAUGCUUAGGUUUUUGAGGGCCAGGAAGUUUGAUAUCGAGAAAGCUAAGCAGAUGUGGUGUGAUAUGAUCAAUUGGAGGAAAGAGUUUGGCACUGACGCUAUCAUGGAGGACUUUGAUUUCAAGGAAAUAGACGAAGUCAUCAAGUACUAUCCUCAAGGUUACCAUGGUGUUGACAAAGAAGGAAGGCCUAUUUACAUAGAGAGGCUAGGCCAAGUUGAUGCCACAAAACUGAUGCAAGUCACUACCAUCGAUAGGUACGUGAAUUACCAUGUGAGGGAGUUUGAGAAGGCUUUCAAUAUCAAGCUACCGGCUUGCUCCAUUGCUGCCAAGAGGCACAUUGAUCAGAGCACCACCAUCUUGGAUGUGCAAGGCGUGGGGUUGAAGAACUUCAGUAAGGCUGCAAGGGAUCUUCUCCAGCGUAUUCAGAAGAUUGAUAGUGACAACUACCCUGAGUCAUUGAACCGUAUGUUCAUUAUCAACGCUGGUUCUGGCUUCAGGCUUCUGUGGAGCACUGUCAAAUCUUUCCUUGACCCAAAGACCACUGCUAAAAUUCACGUUCUUGGCAACAAAUACCAAAGCAAGCUGCUUGAGAUUAUUGACUCCAAUGAACUUCCUGAGUUCUUGGGUGGUAACUGCACUUGUGCAGACAAAGGUGGAUGCAUGCGUUCAGACAAAGGUCCAUGGAACGACCCUGACAUCUUCAAGAUGGUUCAAAACGGAGAAGGAAAGUGCCCAAGGAAGACAUUGUCAAACAUUGAAGAGAAGACAAUCUCUGUGUAUGAGAGCACAACUGAGAAAUGUGAAACCUUUGAGAAGAACUCAUUCAAUGCAGAGAAUGAGAAAUUCACACCAAUUGUUGACAAAACUGUGGAUGCUUCGUCUACUUGGCCUACAAGUCUCCACAAGACAACCUUCACCGAGCCUGAAGAUGUAUACUCUGCCGUGAAGCCGUCGGAGAGGAAAGGAGGAGAAGGAUAUUUAUUCGGGGGCGUGAUGUCGUUGGUUAUGGGGUUAAUGACGGUGGUGAGGCUAACCAAGAACAUGCCGAGGAAGCUCACUGAGGCAGCCAUUUACGGCGGCGCAGCAGAGAAAGGAGAGACAGCUAUGGUGUCGACCCAAGAGUACAUGUCGAUGGUGAAGAGAAUGGCGGAGCUGGAGGAGAAAUGUAGGUCGUUGGACAAUCAGCCGGCUCCAUUCUCCGCGGAGAAAGAACAGAUUCUCAACGCCGCUCUAACCCGCGUCGACCAGCUUGAGUUUCAGUUGUCUGAGACCAAGAAGACGCUGGACGAAGCCAUGGCUAAGCAGCUAGAGAUAGUGGCUUACAUCGAGAAGAAGAAAAAGAAGAAGAAGUUCUUUGGAUUCUGAAAGACUUGAUGAUGCCUCGGGACUAUGAAAAACCUGGAAAAUAUAUUUU